UCAUAUGAUAUUAUAUCGUAUUUUUCAUUUAAUUUACGCUCAUCAAACAUCUCUCACUUCGCUGAUUUUCAAGUCGUGCCGGUGGUGGACUUCGACUUCUUGUGAGGAUUUCGCUCCGUUUCUUCGAUCUGUGGCUCUUUCUUCUUUCUCUCUUCUCUUCCCCCCCACUGAAGAGAACAAGGAAGGAUGCGGAAGUGCUAUUGUGACUAUCGCUACCUCCUCCUCAUCGCCGCUCUCCCCUUCAUCUACAUCCAGAUGCGCCUUUUUGCUACUCAAUCACAGUUUGCUGAUCGGCUUGCUGAUGCUAUUGAGGCAGAAAAUCAGUGCACAAAACAGACACGGAUUUUAAUUGAUCAGAUUAGCAUGCAACAAGAACAAAUCCUUUCACUUGAAGAAGAAAGAAAACGUCAAGAUGAGGAAUGCAGACAAUUGAGAGCACUUGUUCAAGAUCUUGAAAGAAAGGGUCUCAAGAAAUUGGUUGGUGAUGUCCAGGUUCCAGUAGCUGCGGUUGUGGUUAUGGCUUGUAACCGUGCUGAUUACCUUGACAGGACUAUUAAAUCUAUUCUAAAGUAUCAAAGCUCUGUUGCAUCAAGAUAUCCUCUCUUCGUAUCACAAGAUGGAUCAGAUCCUCAUGUUAAAAGUAAGGCAUUGAGUUAUGAUCAGCUAACCUAUAUGCAGCAUUUGGAUUAUGAACCUGUGCAUACAGAAAGACCAGGGGAGUUGAUUGCAUACUACAAGAUUGCACGCCAUUAUAAAUGGGCACUGGAUCAAUUGUUUUACAAUCAUAAGUUUAGCAGAGUAAUCAUCCUUGAAGAUGAUAUGGAAAUUGCCCCUGAUUUCUUUGACUAUUUUGAGGCUGGAGCUGCCCUCCUUGACCGGGACAAAUCCAUUAUGGCGAUUUCUUCAUGGAAUGAUAAUGGACAAAAGCAGUUUGUACAUGAUCCUUCUGUGCUUUAUCGCUCCGAUUUUUUCCCUGGUCUAGGAUGGAUGCUUUCGAGAUCCACAUGGGAUGAACUGUCUCCUAAAUGGCCAAAGGCUUAUUGGGAUGACUGGCUGAGGCUGAAAGAAAAUCACAGAGGAAAACAGUUCAUUCGCCCUGAAGUGUGCAGGACAUAUAAUUUCGGGGAGCAUGGUUCCAGUAUGGGGCAGUUUUUCAGACAAUAUCUUGAACCUAUCAAACUGAAUGAUGUCCAGGUUGAUUGGAAGGCGAUGAAUCUGAGCUACCUCGAGGAGGACAAGUAUGCUGAGCACUUUGCCAACUUGCUUAAAAAGGCGACCCCGGUGCAUGGAACUGAUGUUGUACUGAAGACGUAUAAUAUAGAUGGAGAUGUACGUAUUUUGUACCGAGACCAGUCAGAUUUUGAGUACAUUGCAAGUCAAUUCGGCAUUUUUGAAGAAUGGAAGGACGGUGUUCCAAGAACAGCGUAUAAAGGAGUAGUUGUUUUCCGGUAUCAAACACAAAGGCGUGUAUUCCUUGUUGGCCCUGAUUCGCUGCAACAACUUGGAAUCAGAUAGACUUGGGACAAAGUGAUUCCACUGAAGGAUUUUGAUUGACAAGUUAUAGAGAGUGAAAUGAUGAUACAUACAGGAGAUGUUGCUAUCUGUAAGACUCAUGUAGUAUUUAGAUUGCUGGUGAUGAAUAAUAGAUUCAACUUAUAUUAUUCCUUGUUAGCGUGAGAUGAUUGCUGAUACCAGCAUGGAAGAUAAAGAGCAGCAUGAGGCAUAAGUGUAUCAAGUUGAGAAAGUGCAUCUAACCAUAUUGAAUGACAGGGAGUCUACAUAUUAUGUGAGGA